AUGGCUACUAGAACUCAAUUUGAAAACUCUAAUGAGAUUGGUGUCUUCUCCAAAUUAACAAACACGUAUUGUUUAGUUGCAUUGGGUGGAUCUGAAAACUUUUAUUCUGCUUUUGAAGCUGAAUUGGGUGAUUCCAUCCCAAUUGCUCAUACAACUAUCGCUGGUACCCGUAUUAUUGGUAGGAUGACCGCUGGUAAUCGUAGAGGUUUAUUGGUUCCUACUCAAACUACUGAUCAAGAACUGCAACAUCUAAGAAAUAGUUUACCGGAUUCUGUCAAAAUCCAAAGAGUCGAAGAAAGAUUAUCUGCUUUAGGUAAUGUCAUCUGCUGUAAUGAUUAUGUUGCUCUAGUGCAUCCAGAUAUUGACAGAGAAACAGAAGAAUUGAUAAGUGAUGUCCUUGGUGUUGAAGUCUUUAGACAGACUAUCUCAGGUAAUAUUUUGGUUGGUUCCUACUGUGCGUUAAGUAACCAAGGUGGUUUAGUCCACCCACAAACUUCUGUCCAAGAUCAAGAAGAGCUAUCCUCGUUACUACAAGUCCCAUUAGUUGCCGGUACCGUUAACCGUGGUAGUGCUGUUGUUGGUGCAGGUAUGGUCGUUAAUGACUACUUAGCAGUCACUGGUCUAGAUACUACUGCUCCGGAAUUGAGUGUUAUUGAAAGUAUUUUCCGUUUACAAGAUGCUAAUCCAGAUGCUAUCUCUGGUAACUUACGUGACACUUUGAUUGAGACUUAUUCUUAG